GGUCCUAAUGGUACAAUAAGCUGCCCUGGGACAUCAGCCUCUGGUCAUGUUGGUUGUAUCAUUCAUGCUUCAUCAGAAGUUGCUCAGAUGAGCAUUACUGUAUACCCUAAUAUUAGUUUUGGUAUUUCACCAGCUGAUGAUGGAUGGUACAAGUGCUGCAUGCCCAAUAAUUGCUCUGAUCCUAACACUAAUGUAAUCACUUUCAAUAUAUUCAGAUGGGCACAAAUUGCAGACAUGAAAGUUAGUCUUCCUUCAGAUAUAACAGCCCUGCCUCAAAUAUACACAGUUCAUGCUAUCAAAAUUGGCUCUAACGGUCAUCACUUAGGGAGUGCUGCCUGGUACUAUAAAUCUGGUACUACCUAUAGACAUUUAACUACUAGUUUAUGCAAUAAAGAGCCUGGAUUCAACUGUGCUAUUUAUAGUACUGGAGUAUUACUGGACAUAAGUAGUGGGACGUAUGAUUUCAGUCUAACCAUCACUUGGAAUGGAGAGAAUAUUACUAGUGGAUUACUGAGUCAAUCAAGCAACAAUGGGGAUCACAUCUUUGUUUUUUCUAUGGUUUUUGGCCCGCUCAGCUUUCAUCCUGUCAAAAGAGCUAGAAUAAAAACCAUCACAGGCAAGUUAAAUGCAUAGCAAUGAUAUUAUUAUUAUCACUUCAUGUAUA